UCUCGUCCUGAAGGAAAAAAGAUGAUGUAUAGUAAAUAGGGCACAUUGUACUCGAUCUCGAUGGAUCUUGGUAUUGUUAAUAAAAAAAAGUCCAAUAUAAUAUUUUCGUGAUAACGUAUAAAUGUCAAACGUGUCGAUACUUCGAUACUCUCGCUUGGAUUACUUUAGAUUCACAUUUCACGCAACUCGAUUGUUCGCGAUACAAAGGAUUCCGAACGUCAACGGCAAUGUAAAAUUACGGGUUUAAAAAUAAAAUCUCCUAUCUCUUUCCUCUUUAAACAUGACUGUAAUCGGAACGCAGACCGACAGCGACAGAAGAUUGCUGAAUUUUCAAAAUUACGAAGAAUAUUUAGACUCGCUGGUGACCUCUGCGGAUGUCUGCUAUCUCAGAAGCAGAAAAACCGCGCGCCAGUUAGCUGAGCUCGGUUACCGCUGCACCGGCGAGACUCUGAGCGAGGAGAGCUUUCAUCGUCGCUUACGAAUCGUUAGGAAUUUGCUGCUUCCCAUUCACCGGCCUUACGAACUCACGUCGGAAUUCGUGUCGCCCGUCGGUAAAUUAAUGCAGGAACUUGCCUUGCGCGAGCGAGCCAACAGAUUGAGGAUUCUGUCGACCAUCAUAUUCGUCCGCCGUUUGAUAACGAAGUUACAAUUCGAGGAAUCGGCCUACAUCGAUUUCGCCGAUCGGCUUAACUCGGAAGAUUGGCUGCCGUAUUACCGAGGGGAGAGAAGAUUGUCGCCACUCAAGCGAGAUCUCGCAUAUUAUCACUGGAGAAUGGGCAGGACGUGCUUGAAUGAGACUCGUAAUUAUGUGCCGAUCGUAGACCUCAAGCGUGGUCUGUUGUUUAAAAAUAUUCAUGACAGACAGGUGAUUACGGUCGAUCCCGCUGCCACGUCACCCGGCGUACAAACGACACGAGUUCGCAUACAUUGUCCGUUUUAUAAGCACGUAAUAUUGUACGAUCAUGUGAUUCGAAGCAAAAUUAUAUAUGAAAAUUAGAAAUGUCAAUAUAAUUCAACGUUGUUACAGUGACUAUAGAUUUUCAAAUCGGAAAAUUAGUCUUCGCGAUAUGCAUCUUUUCUUGUCCCUCUUCCAAGGAAAGAAAACAGUGAUAGCAAACGAAAAGAAUAUUUUAAUAAAUAUUAAAAGUUAAAAUUAUAAUUUCAAACGUUGAUUUAAAGAAAAGAUUAUUAAACUGAUGGGUUAUCGAUUCAAUCGAAUUUAGCCAAUGAGCUAAAUUAUUUUUCAUUAAGAAUUAUUAACGUUCAGAUAUAAAUACGAAUGCUACUUCAUUGCGGGAUAUUUUGAGGAUGGCACGAUUGGAUACGUAAUUUAAAAACGAGAUUAUCUUACAUUUUCCAUUUUAUUCUAUUAAAAGAAAUAGGAAAUCCAGGUUACUUACUUCUCUCGUGGGUCGAUGAGGGUUUACCAAUUGCUUCACGUUGCCGUAUGUAACUAGCGAAGCCAUGGAGUCGCCAACCCAAGCAAUGUAUAAUUUCUUAUUUAUUAGCAACGCACAAAUUGCGGUUGUUCCACCGUUUAAUUUCUAUAAUAAAAUGAUGAAUCGGUAGAGUUAUUAUAGCGAGGAGUUAUGCGAAAUAAAAUAUCGCAUUUCACGUAAGAAACAUUUACCUGUGUACUUGAUUUUGCUAAGAAUUGUGCGUCAGUAGUCAGGAAGGCAUCGCGCAACGCACGUUCCGGAUCUGUAGGAUAGUGCACGCUCUCAACCAAAUACUGAUGCAAAUGUGUCGCGCAAUACGCCGCGGCAUCCUGUCCACCGUGGCCAUCGAAUACAGCGUAGUAAUCCACAAUAGUGUCAUCCUAUAAAAUAUAAAUUAAUGUAUCAGCUCAGAAUAUUAAUGUGUCGACAAUAUCGGAUCGAAUUAAUUUCUAAUAUAAUUGCCAAUAAAUUUUGACGUGUAAAUUAAUAUUUGUUAUUUCAACAUUAUACAUUAAAUCAUUAAUCACAGAGUAACUGCGAAUGAGCCAACAAAAUCGCUACCUGAAUAUUAAACAUGGUGUUUAAGUCGUGCAGAAUCAUAUGGCGGUCUUCCAUUUUUCUCCUGGCAUUUCUAGUAGCACCCACUGUCACUUGUGGCGUCGACGAGGGAGGUGGAAGAAGAGCUAGCCUACUGUUAUCUAAAUACCGCCUGCAGAUUUCGUUCACCUCGUUCGUAACGGCU